AUGCGUAAAGCAUCCGCAGUGGGAAACUUACAGGCUUUUAUGACACAGACACUUACGCGAUACGAACAAUACACUUCUGACUUUGACUCGCUUGAGGGCGCGGAGCAGCCGGAAUGGCUGCGUGAUAUUCGCGCUGCGGCCUGGGAGCGAUUUCUUGCUGUCGGACUGCCGACGGCGCGGCGGGGCAACGAACCGUAUAAGUACACGAAUGUCGCGCCUAUCGCAGGGGCUGAGCUUGCACUGGCUUCGGACGGAGACGGCGAAUUAAGCGUGGACGAGUUAAGGCAGAUUGCGCCUGUGCAUGAUGGUGGCGCGCGCCUGGUCUUCAUUGACGGGCGGUACUCUGAUGGGCUUUCUGAUGUGCGAAGCGUUGCGAAUGGCAUUAGUGUUUCGAGCCUUGCCGACGCAAUCGAGUCGGGUAAUGGAGCGGUCUCCGGUCAUUUGGGGCAGUAUGCGGAUGUGGAGGAGGACGGAUUUAUCGCGCUGAACACUGCGUUCAUCAGCGAUGGGGCAUUCAUCGAGGUCGAAGAAAAUGCUUCGGUGGAAUCGCCGCUGCAUCUGGUGUUCGUAUCGACGGAUGGGGCGCAGACGGUUUCGCAUCCCAGGGUGCUGGUCGUGGCAGGGCGUGGAAGCAGCGCGACAAUUGUGGAGAGCUAUGUCGGCGUUCCGGGUAAUCGGUGCCUUACUAAUUCAGUUGCGGAGAUCGUGCUGGAGGAUGAUGCUACUCUCGACCAUUACAGGCUGCUGAUGGAGAGCGAGGACGCUUUUCAUGUGGGUGUGGCCCGGGUCCAUCAGGGCGCUAACAGCAAGUAUAACUCCAAGGUGUUCGAGCGGCAGGUUGGGCUGGGCAGGUUUGACCUGUACACGAGCAUUGACGGCGAAAAUGCUUCGUGCGACCUGAAGGGGCUGUACUUUACCUCCGGCAGGCAGCACAUGGACAAUUACAUCAACAUCAAUCACGAGAAGCCAUUCUGCAGGAGUCGGCUGCUCUAUAAGGGCAUACUAGAUGGCAGAUCGCGGGCGGUGUUUGGUGGAACGGUGUAUGUGCAGCCGGGCGCGAUCAAGACCGAUUCGCACCAAGAGGACAAGAACCUUGUUCUUUCACCGUACGCUGAGGUUGACAGUAAGCCUUCGCUAUUCAUCUAUGCUGAUGAUGUGAAGUGCGGGCACGGGGCUACGGCGGGCAAUAUAGACCUGGACACGGUGUUCUAUAUGCGGAGCCGCGGCAUUGACUUGGAGACGGCUAGCCGCCUGCUGAUAUACGGCUUCGCCAGCGAGAUUAUUGACACGGUCGGGGACGAUUAUCUCAGAGAGUAUCUUGAAGGGUUGUUCCUUGAUUCGCUCCCGAGUUACAAGUUCGAGUUUUAG